AUGCUCGUCUCACUCACUGUCGGUAAGGUCGAUGCCGGUGUCGCGGUCCUUCUGACCGAGGACAAACGCUUGAUCGAGUUCCCGUCUAUCCUGCUCCCAUCCGACAUUCACUCUGGCAGCAUCGUCGACAUCAAUGUAGUGCGUAACCAGCACGCGGAGCUAGUCGCCGACCAGAAGUUCGCUGCGCUACAGAGCGAGAUCUUUGAGACGUUUGGAUCGCGCUCCCCUUCAGCGCCCGUCCUGCGUUGCCGCAACACCACGCAAACGAGCAUCGUGCUCGAAUGGGACCCAAUCGAGCUGGCCACGGCUGAUUUGCGUAGCCUGAGUCUGUAUCGGAAUGGCACCAAAGCAGGUGUCAUACCACGCGACAAAUUGAGCACCAAGAUCAGUGGUCUCGCGCUCGACACUGAGUAUAGCUUCCAUCUCGUACUGCGCACCAGCGCCGGCCAGUACUCCUCCGAGAAGAUUACAGUGCGGACCCACAAGAUGACGGACCUGAACGGCAUCACAAUUACACCAGGCGUCAUGCCAGGACAGCUGCGGGACAGCCUAGCGGAGACUGUGCAACGCAUGGGUGCGAAAAUGCUGGACACGGUCAGGAUCGAUACCACACAUUUCGUGUGCACAGAGCCUCGUGGGCAGGCGUGGGAGAAGGCAGUAGAGAUGAACGUGCCGGUUGUGGUGCCGGAUUGGGUCAAGGGAUGCGAAAGGGAGGGCAAGAUCGUGGGAGUGCGAGGAUACUACUUGGACGCCGAUCCCAAGACGCGACAGAUGGGACCCAGCACUCAGCAGCAGCGCGGGAGCAUAUCCAGCAAUGCGCCAAUGCGUGACAGUCCGAGGAUUGAGCACACGCCGCCAACUCCUGAAAGACCUACGCAUAACCGUGAGAAUGGCGGUAGCGGUUUUAGUGAGCMACCCACACCACCUCCAAAGCCCGUUCACGAAAGGAUCGACGAGGCAGGAGAAGGAUCAGCUGCAGAAACCUCUACAAGCGAGAAAGCUACGGUGGAGUCUGACGAAGAGGACUCUGACGACACAACACGAGUCUCGCGGGAUAUUGAGAAGGCGAGUAUGUCACCAGUGGAUGGGACUCGUUCUCCUGUGAGUCCGGUUGCAACACCAACAGAUGAGGACGGCAAAUUCGACGAAGUCUCUUUGUGA